UCUCUGAAGCAUAAAAAACUUGACUUCAACUUUGAGGUAACAAGUCUUGUAUGAGACUUCGGAUUUGUAGCAGAUCUCCAUAGGCAAACGAAUUCCUGUCGGAGGCUUCAGCCUCAAAAUUUGAUAAUGGAGGACCAAGAAUAUUGGGAAUCCGAUCCAGAAUUACUGGAUUUCGAUAGAGAUCGGCACAUUUACUAUCUGCUGAUGAUGUAUCAGCUGCUGCCGUCGCCCUACCAAGGCCAAGAAAUCAAUCGCCUCACUCUCGCCUACUUUGUGAUAUCUGGCCUCGACAUUCUCCGCGCCCUCGAUCGAAUUGACAAGGAAGCUGUUAUUAAUUGGGUUUUAUCGCUACAAGCUCAUCCAAGGAAUGACAGCACAUUAGAAAAAGGACAAUUUUAUGGAUUCCAUGGUUCAAGAAGCUCCCAAUUUCAGUCCAAUAAUAAUGGGGCAGCAAUCCUCAAUGGCAGUCACCUGGCGAGCACUUACUGUGCCCUGGCCAUAUUAAAGACUGUUGGCUAUGAUUUAUCACUUAUUGACUCUGAGUUAUUACUGAAAUCAAUGAAAGACCUUCAGCAGCCUGAUGGAUGUUUUAUGCCCAUUCAUACUGGAGGUGAGACAGAUCUCCGCUUCGUGUUUUGUGCAGCGGCCAUUUGUUCCAUGUUGGGGAAUUGGAAUGGCAUGGAUCGAGAAAAAGCUAAGGAGUAUAUAGUAAAUUGUCAGUCAUAUGAUGGUGGUUUUGGAUUGAUCCCUGGUUCAGAGUCUCAUGGUGGAGCCACAUACUGUGCUGUUGCAUCUCUUAAACUGAUGGGAUUCAUAGAAGAAGAUUUACUGUCUAAAAAAGCUUCCUGUCAUAUCAUCAAUGUGCCAUUGCUUCUCGAUUGGAGCUUGCAGAAGCAGGCACAAGAUGGCGGCUUUCAAGGUAGAGCCAAUAAACCAACUGAUACGUGUUAUGCCUUUUGGGUUGGAGGAGUUCUACGGAUCUUAGGAGCAGAUACAUUCAUCAACGAGAGUGCAUUACGUGGAUUUUUGUCAACUUGCCAAUCUGAGUAUGGUGGUUUCAGUAAAUUUCCGAGGUUGCUGCCAGAUCUUUACCACUCUUAUUAUGGAUUUUGUGCAUAUAGUCUACUGAAGGAACCUGGUCUCAACUCUUUAUGCGUCGAACUGGGUAUAACUGAUGUUGCUGCAGUUGGACUUUGACGUCACUGAUGCUCCUUAUUGUAUGUUACACACCAGGUAAAGGAGCAACAUUAAUAGCACACCACUGAGACAACAUUCUGGUUCCAGAAACAUGGGCAUUGUUUGUUGACUUUAAUCUUCUUUUUAAAAUGGAAGCGCUAUGUUAACAAUACCGACUGAUAUUGUUCACACACUAAUUUUCUUACAAGUGGAGAGUUUGCACCAAGACAGAUUUUGGUAUUUCUUGUUUAUGAUG